AAAAGUUAGUUUUAUGAUACUUUUAUAUUUCAAAUUUAGGUUAUGUUUACAACUCAUAAGAUUAAAGCAAAAAAGCGAUAAGAUAAUGAUUAUCGUACAUAUUAAAGUCUAAAAAUUAAGAGCAGUUGUAUUCAAAAUGUCUCUUUUAUUCCAAAUAUGUUGCAUUUACAAAAAAAUAUACCACAUCAUGGUGAUGUUUCUUUUCUCAUUGUAUUACAAGAAUAAGAAAGAAACCGUCCCAAGAACAAGCAACAAAAUCCUCGAAGAAAGUGCUUUGUCAUUAGCCCGACAAAUAAAAUCAAAAAAAUUAAAUUCAACAGCCGUCGUAGAAGCUUUUAUUGAGCGAAUCAAAUUAGUUAAUCCGAUAAUAAACGCCAUGGUGGAUCAACGAUUCAACGAAGCUUUAGAUGAAGCUAAAGAAAUCGAUGAAAAAUUAAAACUUAACAUUUACACCCCAAAAGAGCUGGAAGACUUAAUAUAUUUAGGGGUUCCUUUUACAACAAAAGAAUCGGUGCUUUGUAAAGAUUUAAGUGCAACUUUUGGGUUAAUCGCACGGAAAGGAAUUAAGGCGGAUAAAGACGCUGACGUAAUUGCUUUAAUGAAAUCAUCGGGAGCUAUUCUUUUGGGGGUUUGCAACGUUCCUGAAAUUAAUAUGUGGAUGGAAACUUACAACAAAGUUUAUGGGCGCACAAAAAAUCCUUAUGAUACAACAAGAAAUGUUGGGGGCUCAACCGGAGGUGAUGCAGCUUUAUUAGCGGCUUUGGGCACCCCAAUCUCCAUCGGAACCGAUUUGGCCGGCUCAAUAAGGGCCCCCGCUUUCCGAUGUGGAAUUUUUGGUCAUAAACCAUCAAACGAUGUAAUCAGUACUAAAGGAUUAACAUUUCGAAGUGGAAAUGAAGGCCCUACUUUAGUCACAUCGGGUCCGAUGGCGAAAAAAUCCGAGGAUUUACUCCCAAUGUUAAAAAUAAUCACUAAAAACGAUUUUAGGUUAAAAUUAAAUCAAGAAAUAGACGUCACAAAAAUAAAAAUUUUUUAUUCGACCUCGAUUGAGUGUUUUAAAAAUGGUCCAAUUGGAAACGAUUGUUUAAAAGCGGUGGAGAAGGCUGCGAAGUAUUUUGAUGGGUACUCGGUUAAAAAGCCUGAGAAGAUUCGAUUUAAUGGGCUUAAUAAUGGCCCGGAUUUGUGGUUUUACUCAAAAGUGAAAGAAAAUUGGAGAUACGAAGAAGAAAUUAAAAAUAACCUAGAAAAAACUAAUUUUAAAAGGGAAUUUAAAAAAUAUUUAGUGGGUAAAUGCGAUCAUUCUUUAUAUACUUUGUACGUUUUGUUAAGAUUAGCUACUUAUAAACCGUAUAAUGAGGAGAUAAUGGAAAAAUUAAUUCAAGAUGCGAGGGAAGAAAUAAUCGAACUCCUCGGAGAUGAUGGCGUGUUAAUCCUUCCAUCAGAACCGUAUCCCGCGAAAUAUCAUAACACCAUGAUUUUAGAGCCUUUGUUCCGAUUGGGCUUAAUAACGAAGGGAUUCCUGUUGGGGUUCAAAUCGUUGGUGGACGCUUUAAUGAUCGGCUGUGUAUUGCUGUGGCUUGUGAGUUAGAGAAGGGUUUAGGUGGGUAUGUUCAACCUCUGAAUUUUUAAGUCAUUUUAUAUUUAAUAAAGGAAAAAAUUUAAGAUUUUUGUAAUAAACUAUUUUAAAUUUGUUGGAAUUAAAUUGACGUCUGAUAAUUUGCGUUAUUCCCGAAAGAUGGUGAGAAAUUUGAAUUAAAAUUUUUAUAUUUAAUAAUAUUUGUUAUUUGUUGAUAACGAUGAAUAAUUAAGAUAAUACAUUUUUAGGGUUACUUUGAAUGUUUGAAAAAAUUAAAUGAUUGUGAAUAUUUUUUUGGGGCUAGUUUAGGUUGUGUUGUAUUUAAGAGAUGGCGCGAUAAAUUUAAUUUUAAUAAAUAAAUUUAAUAAUA